GCCCAUAUGCCCAGCCAGCCAUCCGCAGGAGGAGGACCAUCCUAUUCCUAGCAGCUAGCUACGCUGCACACUUGCUUGCGCCCAGCAAUCCAUCUCAAGAAUCUUUCACAGAUCGGUGCAGCCCGGUGGCCUGGAACUGGAAGGAAUGAUCAGUUCACCCAGUUAAUUCAGCAGCAGCGGUAGCAUCUACCACCUAUCUAGAUAGAAGUAGCAACAUAAACAUCAAGGGCUAGCUCGUACUACUCAAAUCCGGGACAAGAUUAGCAAGUUCGUAUCAAGUCUUCCGGCCGGCCGGCGGCAGCAUGGACGCCUUCGGCUGGAGCACGCAGCCAGCUCCUGCCGCGCCGAGCGACGACGCCCUCCUCGCCGCCUUCUUAGGCGCGAACACCUUCGAGGAACUCCACUGCGACGACCCUGCCGGCGAUUGCACCGUGAGCUCGGACGCCUACGGCCUCGGCCUGCCGCCUAGCCAGCACGAUCUGGGCAUCCUGCGGUGCCAGAGCGACUUGACUCUUGCCGGCCACGGCGACACAUCAUCCAACGCCUUUCUGGACUCGGUUGGUUUGCUUCCGGCCAUGGCCGGCGCGCACGACGGGUUCGCGUUCCCGAACGUCCACGAGGAGCCCGCGCAUGCCGCCGGCUCAAACGCCGCCUUCUCCGGGUACAGCACCACCACCGGUGGAGGCGGCGGCAACAUCUCCUCUGGGGAGUCCAACACAUACGGCAGUGGUGACACGGAGGUUGCCUCGCCGUGUGCCAUGUCGCGCCCGGUACUGCCUCAGCCUCAGACAACUCUACCUCUGACGAAAAGGGAUAAGCAACCGGACAAGUACCCAGCAGCAAGGGCAACGGCGACGCCCACGAGCUUCACGUUCGGGCAGAGCGCCGGCCGCCGCGGGUACGAGCCGGACACGGAGGCGAUAGCGCAGGUGAAGGAGAUGAUCUACCGCGCGGCGGCGAUGCGGCCCGUGACACUCGGCCCCGGCGAGCCUCCCGCGUCGACGCCGCCCGAGCCGUCGUCGUCGAAGCCGCGGCGGCGCAAGAACGUGCGGAUCUCGAGCGACCCGCAGACGGUGGCGGCGCGGCUGCGGCGGGAGAAGGUGAGCGAGCGGCUGCGCGCGCUGCAGAAGCUGGUGCCUGGAGGGAGCAAGAUGGACACGGCGUCCAUGCUCGAAGAGGCGGCCAGCUACCUCCGGUUCCUCAAGUCCCAGGUCGCCGCGCUCGAAACCCUUGGCGGCGGCGGCGCCGACGACGGCCGGUACUCGUCACCGCUGCAACGGUACGUGGGUAGGAAUUUUGGUCUUCCAUCUCGUGGUGGUGGUGGCGGCGGCGGCGGUGGCACCGUGCUCGCCUUCGGAAGUAACGGCGUCGCUGGGUACGUGAAAUCCAACAGAAACAUGCAGUUGUGACAGCACGUACUCGAUCGUAGUGUGUGUUCGUGUCAUUUGUAACAUGAGAUGUACAACGAUAUACCUCUCUGGCUUUUUGUGACGGAUUGAUUGAUGGUAAUGUGUUCAGUUUUACCGUAUUUUGUGAAGAAUAAGUGUUUAAUUUUCACACUGAGAACUAAUGGAGAUUAAGUACUGUACCAUGUAAGAACAAAUCACGAAUGAAUUUAACUAGCUAUUGAGUGUUUUUUUUGCGUGAAUAGCUCGUGUGUAGUUACAAGUGUAAGUGAUGAGUUACUAAUCACCUUGUUUUGUCCAAAUAACCGAGGAGAAC